AUGGAAGAACCUUUGGUCAUUCCUGUUGAGAAAUCAAAUAUUGUACCGAAGAAGAAUUUUGGGCCAUGGAUGAUCCCCAAACGAUGGAAUCAUAAACCACAAAGACAGGAAGGUAUCAUUAAUGGAAAGGACUCAAGGAUGAGUGGUUCUAGCAGGAAUGAUAGCAAAAAAUCAGAACAGAUUUGCUGGUUUGACAGAGAGAUUUCGGAUGAUGCUACUAAAGAAGUUGUUGUGAUGGAGUCUACUAGUAGUAGGGGUCCUAGUUUCAUGCAACAAAACUUCUUUGCCCUCUCGAGUGACGAAGAAGACGACGACGUGUUGAAACUCAUCAACCGUGUAAAGGAUGUGGACAAAGAGAGCUCGUCUCUGGUGGAGAAGGUGCAAAAAGAACCGAAGGAAGAGAAAAAAAUGGCUUACCUGAUUCCUUCUGAUAUGUGGGCUAACCACCUCAUUCUUCCCAACCAUGUUGAUCAAACUUUGAUGGUUUCUAAUGAUAAAGUUUCCUACUUGAGUGGUGAUAAUUAUAAAGGGUGGAAGGAGAGUGUUCUUCUCCAUCUAGAAUGCUUAGACCUUGACUAUGCUCUUCGUAAGGAUGAGCCUACCGUACCUGUGAGUACUAGUACUCUAGCUGAGAUAGCAUUAUAUGAACGAUUGGAGUGGUCAAAUCGUUUAAGUAUGAUGUUUAUCAAAUCUCACAUUAUGACUAGUAUUCGUGAGUCGAUACCUAAUUGUAAGAAUGUCAAGGAUUUAAUGAAGGCUAUUGAUGAGCAGUUUGAGUCUUAUGAUAAAGCAUUUGAUAGCACCCUAAUGAGCAAAUUGACAUCAAUGAAGCUCACUGGCGUUAAAGCCGUCCGUGAGCACAUUAUGCAAAUGAGGGAUAUUGUUGCUCAAUUAAAGUCCUUGAAGAUAAAGAUUUCUAAUAAUUACCUAGAAGUAAGAUUGAUUCAAGAAAUGAGUGAAAGUGCAUAUCUGGUAACAGAAAAUAAUAAGCAAGCCUUUAACAAGAAAGGAAAGGGAAAAUCGAAUGAUGCUAUGAAGGAUGAUAUGGGUUCUAUGGCAAAUAAUCAAGUUUUGGAUUUUGUUAAAUUACCUAAUGAGGUGAAGCCCAUUGGCUGUAAAUGUGUAUUUAAAACCAAAAAAGAAUCAUUAGGCAACAUUGAGAGAUACAAGGCCAAACUUGUUGCCAAUGGAUUCUCACAAAAGGAAAGAAUUAAUUAUCGAGAGACAUUCUCUCCUGUUUCAAAAAAGAAUUCUUUUCGUAUCAUCGUGGCAUUAGUUGCUCAUUUUGACUUAAAUUUACAUCAAAUGGAUGAGAAAAAGGCAUUCCUCAAUGGAGAUUUAGAGGAAAAGGUUUAUAUGAAACAACUUGAAGGGUUUAUUUCUAAUAAAGGUGAGCACUUGAAUGUUAUGGAUCAAUGUAUAUACCACAAGGUUAGUGGGAGUAAGAUCAUCUUUCUGGUUCUAUAUGUAUAUGAUAUUUUGCUUGCAACCAAUGAUAUGAGAUUGCUACAUGAGGUAAAACAAUUUCUUUCUCGACAUUUUGACAUGAAAGAUAUGGGUGAGGCACCUUAUGUCAUUAGCAUCAAGAUUCAUAAAAACAUAUCUCAAAGUAUCCUGGGUUUAUCUCAAAAGGCCUAUAUCAAUAAGAUUUUAGAGAGAUUUCCUAUGAAAGUUUGUUCACCUAGUGUGACACUUAUUGUAAAAAGUGACAAGUUCAAUUUGAACCAAUGCCCCAAGAAUGAACUUGAGAGGGAACAAAUAAGAAACAUUCCACAUGCUUCAACUAUUGGAAGCUUAAUGUAUGCUCAAGUCUAUACUAGACCAGACAUUACAUUUGCAGUUGGAAUGUUGGGAAGAUAUCAAAAUUCAAACUUUGCUGGUUGUGUUUAUUCUCAAAAGUCAACAUCUGGAUAUAUCUUCCUGCUUGCUGGAGGAGCUAUAUCUUGGAGAAGUGCAAAGCAAUCUUUGGUUGCUACUUCUACCAUGGAAGCUAAGUUUGUUUCUUGUUUUGAGGCUACAUCACAAGAAUAUGAAAAGAAGAAGCUUAAAGAUAGGAACACUUUAGAAGCUUCCAAAAGGCCCGAGCAGAGGAAAGUUGAAGACGAGGAUCUCGAGUCCGUGCAACUUAUUGGGGAAAAAAAAAAGGACGACUGCCAGCUUAAAACUGAAAAGCUUCAGAAGAAAGAUAAUAUUAAGGAAGAGAAAGUUCAUAAGACAUUAAGCAUUAAUGAAUUCUUAAAACUAGCAGAGGGUAAGACUCCUUAUUUCCGGCACAGGCGGAAGGGUGACAGGCCUUAUGGCAGGCGUGACGUGGAGAGGCCCAGUAGCUAG